AUGAUAAGCCCUUACUUCCUGACCUGCCUCCUCCUGCUGCCGCUGGGCACCUGCUUUCCUCUACUGCACAGAGAUGAGCCCGUGGACGCCAGGGGUGGCUUCAAGAGCAAAGCAAGCUGCGCGGACCUGGCGGGGGGACACCAAGCCCGCCCCCCGUGGGGGCCCUCUCCGUGGCUGAGCGCUGCACGCCCACACGCCCUGCCUGCCACGGCCAAGGAGCCGAGCAGGGUGUGUGCUGGCCUCAGGCGUCGGUUUGGGAGGCAGAAUGACAGCAGCAGGGCCGCUGGCUUCCUCCCGGCUGAUGGCAAGACGGCCAGCAGCCUGCUGGGGACCCUGGCCAAGGAACUCAACGGCUACAACAGGAAGAAGGGCGGCUUCCACUUCCGCUUUGGCCGGCGGUGA